CGUGCUCGAUCGCACGUUAGCGGACUUCGUCUAUAAUUGGUGACUGAAACGCACCCGACUCAAAGUAUCCGAGCAUUCACCAGACAGCACAAACCCUUUGACAACUUUUCCGCUAUGGCGCCACAGGUUACCAGUUGGGAGGAACUGCUCUGGGUGUCUGAAGAAGUUGACGAGGAUACCGGGGACUUCCAAUAUACCAUGUUCGCACUGGUGGAAGACGACAUGAUAUACUACGGCCAGUUGAACAAGCCAAAGGCAGACAUCUCAUUUCAACAUGCUACCGAUACUCUUGCUCGGAUUCCGGACGAAGAGAUUUUCCCCCAAUGGUCCCAAGGCCUUAGUUUCACCAAGGCUCCUGAGGUGCUCCCACCAGACGUUUUCAUCAAGCGGCCCAGGAUCGCGCUGUACGACAUCUUUUCGAAGAAUAAGGUUGUGCAUCUCCUCCGUGGGGGGUUGGCAGAAGAGGCAGAAGCAAUGGAAAUGCUGGCCAGCCAACCUCACCCAAACAUCGUGAGAUACCAUGGCUGCCAUGUGCGACGAGGUUAUAUCACUGGCCUCGUCCUUGACCGACAUCUCCAUGAUUUGGAGAGCUACCUAAAGAGCGGCCACAUCAUCCAAGACAAAGAGCUCUUUAUCAAAUCACUGGAGUCAGCAGUCCAUCAUCUACAUUCGCUUGGCUGGGCUCAUAACGACCUCAACCCCACAAACGUCCUCGUGGCAGAAGACAAAAGACCUAUUCUGAUUGACUUUGGCUCUUCUCGUAGGAUCGGGGAGAAGCUGUCCACUAGCCGGGGUACGAAAGGUUGGAUCGACGGCGAGAUGAAGGACUAUACCAUGUCAGAGACACGACAUGACAUUUCGGCCCUGACCAAGAUUCGUAUGUGGUUGAGUAACCCGACAUUUGAGGAAUGAGUACCAUGCUAUACAUUUCAAGUUGGCAGCCAGCAUAGAUGGUGAAGAUCGAAUUCCAAUGCAGAGAACCGCAUCUAUAUAUAGCGAGAGUUGAACAGUAAAGCGGAUAUUCACCUAUCUAUGCCACACAGGAUGUAGGCACGGCCCUUUUUCAUUGGCUUGCUUUAUGUUCUAGCAAACGGCACCUUGGCUUGGAUGGGAGAAGGCUAUCUGCCACUAGUAGCCCGACAGCCUGAUGACAAAGUGUUCGAUG